AUGGUGAUGACGGAAGCAUUUCCAUCAUGGUCUGAUGGUUUUGAUGAUAUGUGGGGAGUGUAUAACUUUACAUAUGCUGAGAAGGCGCCAACUAUUGUGAGGAAUGGAGCGUAUUAUUUGAUUACUGUUUGGACUGGUUUAUAUUUCCUGAUGGCACUUGCUAGUUCAUUCUUUUAUGGAAAUUAUACAGGUGAAGGAUGUCCUCGUGUAGCAGUAGCCUUAGGUUGUUUAUUUCGAGGAGUGGAUCGUUGGUACAAUGAGUUUAUUAGGAUGACUACAUGCACUAUGUUGCAUUAUACACCAUUACAUUUAAUGUUGAAUGCUUAUUCAUUCGGUUCAAGUUAUGCUAUGAUGAAGAAUUACGUUGGAGAAUAUGCACCUUGGAUUGAUUAUUGGAUUAUACCUAUUUGGUUUGCUUGUUCUGCUGUAGGUUCAUGUGUGACUUAUAGUGGUCAUCUAAAGACCGUAUCAUCAUUCAGUGUCGGAGCAUCUGGUGGUGCUUGUGGAGUAUGUAUUUUUAGCUCUUGUAUAAUAUACAUGAUACUAAUAGGAAAUGUUAGUUCAACUCCAUUGCUAUCUCAAACGGGACAAGAUAGCUUGAUUCUAAGUACUCUACAGACCAUUGCUCUUGUUAUUCUACAAUCUACACCCUUGGCUAGCAUGACGUCAGGUAAGAAGGUCGACUGGCAAGCACAUCUUGGUGGCUCUAUUGGAGGAUUUAUAGUCUCAUAUAUUUUGAACCGACUUCAUCUCACCUGGGAUCAUGGUAGUCUCAAUAGGCUUGGAGCUCUACUUACUGUACUUACCACCAUCUGGAUAGCAUUCGCUUUCUUCUGCGUCAUCAUACAAUACUCACAAAAUCAUAAAGAAAGAACCACCAACUGUUAUAUACAAUGGCUUGAACUAGAUAAAAUUGAUCUCAUCAAAUCCGAAAAACAAAGAAGACGAUGGACUCUAGGUCAUAACCAACUCAUUGAACAAGAACUCAACGCACAACCCAGGGCCAGAAGAAUCAAGGCCACAAUCGAACAACUCCAACAGGACGAAGAAUGGCGGGACUGGAGGACACACGCAUACGACCCGGACGUUGUAUACUACAACACUAGAGGAACCGUCUGA